AACAAACCUGUAGCCUAAGUUUAAAGUUUACUUCUAGAUCUAGUUUAAAAUAACUAAUAUUAUGGCCUUCUUUUUAGGGCCUUGACUUAAAUAUUCUUUGCAGUGAUGGUCGAUUGAUUGAAGAAUGAUGCAAUAUAGGUCCUCAACGCUAGAAAUAUACUGCAGCACUGCAGUUGGAUUCAUUUUGUUCUUUGGCAUUGUGCAUGGAAUAAUAGCAGGGAAAAUCUCAUUGGAACACUUAGACCAUUUCUUUAUUGUAGGUGCUAUUGUUAUUGAGUAUCUUCUUUUGUUGGCUUUCUCUAGAAACAGCUCAUUCAUUUCAAGAUGCAGGCAUCAUUACAGGCCAAAUUCAUCUCCAGGCAGCUACAUUAUCCUGCUAGUUCCAGUAUCCCUUUUUGCUGAAAUACUUUCCUAUAAGAAUGUUGAAGAAAAAAACACCCUAUAUCAAGAGACUUGGCUAAGCCUAAUUGUAACUGGUGCUGUCAUUUUCAAGCUUCAAAGAGAUUGUAUAGAUUGGCUUCAACUGUUUAUUUUUCUAGGACUGAUGUCUUUUCUGGGUGUCAUUUUUGGAUGGUUGUCACUUAUUAUGCUGAUUUCAUUUGGCUUAACAUGGAAAGGAAUAGAAUUAAUCCCUGCUUAUCUACCAAAAUCUUUUACUCUGGGGGAGAUAACUGUACUCUUGCAACUCAUCAUUGGCUGCGCCAACAGACUCAUAUUAGCACAUAAUCAGACUGAUGACAUGGCUUCUGAAGACACCAAAUUAAUUUGGUUUGUUUGUACUGCUGUUACUGCCAUAAUUUUUGCCACCUGGCUCGCAUAUGUUACUUCUUCAUUCAGCAGUCUAUGGAGUUUCAUAUCUGUUUAUUUGAUUGUAGCCAUUUUAUCUUAUGUGUCUCUUUACUUUACCUUUAGACAAGAUCCAAUAACUUGGUUUUGCUUGUACAUCACACAAAGUUGUGUACAGGUAUUUCUCAUUAUUUCCUGGACUGUUCUUCUAAUGGUGGCAAUCCUAUGGACUGUAGCAGAAGGAAUAAGAAUGAUGGAAAAAAAACAUUUUGCCCAUGCAUUUAAUAAUGGGAGUGAAAAAGCUCCUUCAGAAGACAAGCAAAGUUCCACCUGUCAUAAAAAUGUUACAUGUAACACACGUAAAGUCUUUCACCUGUUUAUUGUUUUGGCAUAUAUUCCUGGUCUUGUUUUGGAUGCUCGCCUACUUUUACUGGCGUCACUUCUAACUUUGGGAGUUUUUAUAAUUCUUGAGGCUGCCCGGGCGUUCCAUGUACCUUCAAUUGGAAAACCACUUGAUGAUAUUCUAAGAAUGUUUGUUGAUGACAAAGACCAAGGUCACAUUUUUCUUACACACAUAUAUUUACUCAUAGGAAUGUCUCUUCCACUGUGGAUUUCCCACCGGAUUUUUUCAACAACAGACACUGACAUUGUUAUGUUCAGUGGUUUGAUGUCUAUUGGUCUUGGUGAUACAAUGGCUUGUGUUGUUGGAAGUAAUUUUGGAAGGAUUCAUUUCCAUGACAGCAAAAAAACUGUAGAAGGAGCUUUAGCUUCGUUUGCUACUCAGAUGUUGUUUAUUACUUUGAUGCAAGCUUUUGGUAUCUUACAGUUCAGAUGUUUGGUCUCUGUAAUAGCAGGAGUGGGGAUGAACUCCCUUUUUGAAUCUUUAACAGAUCAAAUUGAUAAUUUAGUGCUACCUCUUGUUUUAUAUCCCUUUUUAUGCAUCAGCUAAGAAUUUCUGUUCAAAUUUGUUGGCUCAGCUUUAGGUCAGUUUAUAAUUUAUAUGUUGAUUUUAUCACGAAUGCAGCAAUUGUUAAAUUUAUUAAUUUUUUUAAAAUGAAUGUAUGUAACACAAAAGUAUUUUUAAAAUAAAAAAUUG